CGGUCAUUGAUCAGGAGACCCCUUGAUCAGGUUCGGAUUCCCCUUUCCUGACCCUCAUGCGAUCAAUAUCGACCGCACCCUGUCGUGAGCUCAAAACCGCUUGAGUUGACAACCAUCAUCUUCUUCUCUUCAACCAGUCGACCUUCGACUUGCUCCGGUUUUGUUGCGCCAUCAGUCCAAGGUUCCGGUCCAAACCUUGAUCAGUCAGAAGCAGAGCAGCCGUCACAACUGAACCGGAAGGCGAUCAUACAACAGCCAAGCCUGCGCUCAGCUACGAUAAGCCUCGAAAUUGUUGACCGCCCCCUCUCCGAUAGUCCGACACCCCGUCCACAUUCACAUUCACGCAAUCUGGAUUGCCGUGGCUGGGUUUGAGAGAGUGUUCGACGCCGUGGUUCACUUUUUUUUUUUUUCGAUUCUCCGAACAACUAUUUGUCGGCCUGGUGUCCAUCUGACGCUUGGGAAACAACACUAAACCCACCCGUCCUUUUUCUUUUCGCGCUGCGCGUCGCAUACAUAUUUCCCUCGAAAGGCCGUUAUAGUCGCCGUCCGAUCUCUCACCGACUACCUACACCUGGUCCCGAUUCCAAGGAGUCGCCCUCGCCCUGUCUCUAACUUCUUGUCUCUCCGUCUCAGCUCUGAUCGCCCUUUGCUCUCUUGAGUCUGUGCGACUUUGGGGAGACACCCGCAUACUUUCCUUUCAUACAACUUUGUCCCCAAACGGCCGCCUUUCCUACCACCCCGAGCAGUUGGGUGAGGGCUCACAGUGCUCGACAAUCGAUAGCUCAGGCUCCUGAUACCGUUUACCCCGCGAUCGCGCGCCUCGCCGCGGUCACCUCCUUACUCCAACUCGUGCGCACCUGUCCACGAUCGUCCGAAGAGACAAUCACCGAGGAAAGGAAAAAAAAAAAACAGGGCCGAGAUUUUGAUUUGGACCCCUCUGAGCAGUCAGGGCGACGCACAAUUGGACCCUGGCCGCCGGAUUACCAUGCAGAGACGCUCCUGCGGCAAGCACAGCAUCCAGACUCGACAACCAUUGGACCGAACGAACCACUCAGCAACGCAGUCACCGUUGCGGUCAUCGAAUCGUCAUUCUUGACUUGGCUAGCCCCAACGCUAGAACUGUCUUAACGCACCGCGACCCAUCGAAAUUUACCCAACCUGCAUCGGCGACACAUUGAAUGAAACCCCGUCGCAUUUCUCUCGACCUUUGAUAAUCAACCCACCAUGUCCUUCGGCCCCGAUUCCCUUCCCGGUGGUUACUUUGAACCGGGCGGCGAAACCCCAUCGCAAACCCUAAGUGCUGGCAUCUUCCAGCCGCCAGCAUCGCCGGCCGAUUCGAACCACAACCUCGGCAAGUCUAACGGUAGUCUCUACGACGACAUAGCCAUGUCCAACGGGACAAGCCCCUCACAAACACCAGAACAAGCAAAUGCGAAGCGGAAACGUUUGGGAUUGGGUGUCCAGGGAGCGACCCCGAACGAUCACAACAUGCAGGUGGAUGGCAUGAACGACGGAAAGGCAGAGACAGGAAUGACGGAUGCGGGCCAAGCAAGAUACAACUUGGCCGGCCAGCUGAAUGCUACCCCAACGGGCGGCACCUUCACGGUCAACGGUAGGCUGGAAGAGAGCAUGUACUCUGAUCUAGACUACAGGAGAGCCGCAGGCUCCAAGCGAGCCCAUGACGACCCCGAUGGUCCGUCGUCUCAGAUGGAGGGUCAGGUCGACUCUUCCACACAACAACAGAACCCAGCCAACUCGUCGAAGUGGGGAUUUCUCGGCUUGCAAACCAUAGGCCAGGUAAUGGGCAAGGUUUGGGAGUUUUGUAAAGGCGGAGGAUUUCGUGGCUUCCAAGCCGGAGGCGGCACAGGAUACGAGGUUAACGGUUCAACAGUUACCCCAGCUGUGCAGGCCACUGCCGUUGGCCAGCCGUGGGCUAGCGAGCAACAAGAACAACCCAUCCAUUUUACCAUGGAGGCCGAUCAGGACACGUCGAUGCCUCCUCAGGAGACGGUGAUAACGCCCAUACCGCCACCAGUGCAAGAAUUCGUAGCACCCCAGGAGUUUUCAUCCCCACUACCCCUACCCAUGUCCGAUUAUAUGCCCUAUGCGCCCGAGUAUCACGAGACGAACAAUUCAGAUUCGUUGACCCGACCGGCCGUCAAACGGAGACAAGUAAGCGAGAUCCAGGAUGACCUCAACAGGAACUGGAUAAUGGUAGACGAAAACGGCAACGGUGGCAGCCCAUCGCCCUCCCCUGUCUUGCCUAGCUUUGGCGCUGCGUCAUCAGGACGGGCAACGCCCGGGCUAAGGCCACCAUCUUCUCUACGGACAAGGUCGACAGGAUUAUCUUCAAGUAAUGCUGCAAGACGUAUCACGGCUCCCUCGCAAAGAUUUACUGGCGGUCCAUCUAUGCUGCCCCGGACACGGGCUCCUUCGAGACUAUCGCAACAUACCGUGGCGCCUAGUGUGGGCGCCCAAGAACUCCCUAGUUUUGGCGCUCCAAGGUCGCCACCGGCCAGGGACACGCCAACUCCUUCGUUCUCUACAUCUACAACGGCGGCAGCUCCCGUGAGCCGAAUACCCCUCCCGGCUUCUGCCGGUGGGGCGCCAGGAAAUGGAGGGGUUCGCCCCAGUUUUGGCGGUCUCGAUGCAGCCGUUUCCAACGGCCGCCAAAGUCCUGCUACUUUCAACGGCCGCCAAAGUCCUAGCCAUGCAAACCCUACCCCCUUUGCGUUCUCCUCGCCUGCCUAUCAGUCCUCUUCCAACUCGCGCCCUUCCAGUCGCCAGAGCCUUGGCUAUGGUAAUGCCGGCGGUGGCAACAGUAACACUAGGCGAAGUCUUCAAGCGCCCAUCCAGCUCUCUUCCCCUGCCAUCCCCAGACCCUCGUCGAGUUCAGCCGCCAAGGUCCUGAAAUCCCCCACCAACCACCACCGCCGCGGUGAAAGCAGCGGCGCUGCCGGUCCCAGCCACAGUUCCUCGGCAAGGCCUGGGUCGUCCAUGCGUAGGAACAGAGGACUGAGUCUUCAUGGCGCUUAUGUCGAGGAUGGACUGAAGGGCAGCCCUAGGCUGGAUGGCGAGGCGAAGCAUCUUGCGAAGAAGAAGAUGGCUGCCGAAAGGGAUGCGGAUGCGAACAUAGAUGCUUUCAAUGAAAAACUGUUGCAGAUGAUUCGGCAGGGGAAGGAGGCAUUGGGGACAAAGGUGGAGGUGCUCGAUGAUAGGGGUGGUAGUAAUGUCGUGUGGGAGGAAGAUGAGCUCUGAAGACGGGUUGGAGAGUGAAUCAGGUGUUGGUGAUACCCGGUGGCUGCGAGGUCAGAUGAGCUACGAUCAGUUGGAUAGGCUUUUCUGAUAUUGGAUCCCACCCAUGAUGAGUGAGUUCAGGAAGCUGCGGCCCAGGCGCAAUUCUGGAGAAUUACGGAACAUACAGUUGUUAAAGGUAAACUGUUUUGGGCUGUUCAAAGUGGCAGGAUGAUCAAAAAGAUUGGCGGAAGGUAGUGUGCUCGUGAUUGAUUACAAUCAUUGGGCAGACACGAGAAGGAAGGUAGGAAGGAAUGCGCUGGGGGCUCCACGUCAUUCGCUCCUUGUUGUUUGCAUUCAGGCGCGCGGAUCGCAUGGGCGCCGGGAGUUUUCUGCUUUGCUGACACGUACUCCAUACCUGCUCUUUUGCUGUCCGUUUUUGUUCUUUGAUACCAUUUCUUGGAGCCCCCUGUUUCGGUUACUUUUUGAGCGAGCAAGUGUGUCCGAUUUUGGUGUGUUUUUGUGUGGCUGUUCGUUCCUGUCGUCCGUCCAGGGCAGGCAGAUUGUUUACAUUUGUUAGGAUUACCGAAGUAUAUCAUGGCAUAUUUUUUGUAAUCUUUAGUAUCAUCCUGUGAAUGAUAUAUAACAAAUAGCAUUGGGAAGUUGACUCGUCAGGUACAUAUUUUUUAUCGGAUUUCUCCCUCUUCUACUAUUACAUAUCCCUAGAUAACACGGUACCUACCCAUCAGCAACCGCAUUUUUAAC